AUGUCGCACACCCUCUCUGGCUACCCCGAACGAAUGCCCUAUGGCGGCCGUCUCAACGCCAACACCUCCUACCAGCCCAUACCCGACAGCUCGCCCGCCCUUCGCCAGCAGCAGUCUCCCCCGGCCCCCCGCUCCUGGCGUACUUUCGGGCAGCGCCAGAAGCGCAAGGCCAAAGACGUCGCCAAAGAGCUCGACCAUGCCGUGCAGCAAACACCAGCAUACAAGCGCAUGAAACGCAUGCGGCAAACGACGCGCGCCAUCUCCACCAUCACCUCGGCAUUCAUGUUCGCAGCCAUGACCGCGACUUCGCUCAUCUUCGCCAACACCCUCUCGGAGCGCGUCGACAACCGGCCCAUCUGGCCGCGCCAACCCUCCGAGUGGCCCACCUACCUCCUGCUUGCGGGCGCGGCCGUCUCGCUCCUCACCGCCAUCAUCACCAUGCUCAUGUUCUGCUGCUGCUACGAACGCGCGAGCAAGAGCUGGAAGCUCGUGCUGGCGCUCAACUCGGUCGAAGUCACCUACUGGGUGGUCGUGGCGGUCGUGUACCGCGUGGAGAAACGCCUGAAUGAUCUCUGGGGCUGGAGCUGCUCCGACGUCGCGGCCUCGCUGCAGGACAAUGGCGCCAGCGUGCAUUUUGACAAGUUGUGCACGCUGCAGACGGUGAGCUGGUGGGUGUCGGUGGCGGAGACGGUGUUGAAGGUGUUCGUGCUGGCGUGGACGAUCGUCCUGUUGAAGAAGCUGCGGAAGGAGACGGAGCAUCAGAAGAUGAAGAUUAUUGAUAUCGUGGGUGGAGGCAUUAGUGAUGGGAUUAAUAACUUUUUGAUUUGA